AUGGGCUCCGACGACAGAAAUAACACGAUAAACACGCCGGCAGCCGAAGUGGUAGUGGUGAUGGUGCCCUUCGUAGCUCAUGGCCAUCUCAACCAGCUCGUUCACCUUUCCCGCCUUAUAUCCACCUACAAAAUCCACGUUCACUUCGUAACCACUACCACCCACAUCCGCCAAGUGCGCUCCCGCCUCCACAGUUCAGACUCCGCCGCUUCCAACCUCAUCCACUUCCACGAAUUCCCAACCCCUCCCUUCACAUCUCCUCCUCCCAACCCUUCCGACCGCUUUCCUACCCACCUACAACCUUCCUUCGAUUCAGCCAUCCAUCUCCGCCGCCCAGUCACCGAACUCAUCCUUUCUCUCUCUAGCACCACCCGGAGAGUCGCCAUCGUCCAUGACUUUCUGAUGUCGUACGUCGUUCAAGACGUGAAAACAAUACCAAAUGCCGAGUCUUACAUCUUCAGACCCAUCUCCGCUUUUGACUUCUUCUGGAGAACCUGGGAAAGAAUGAACAGACCUUUCCCAGUGGACCCGGAAAUGCUAAAACGGCUCCCGUCUAAUGAUGGAUGUUUCUCGCCGGAGUUUAUAGACUUUGUGAAUCUUCAUCGUCCCCAUGUCGGUUUCCACGUCGGAGAGUUAUUCGAUUCAUCAAGAGCGAUUGAAUCUGAAUAUCUUGAAUAUUUUGAGAGAGAAGAAAUGAUUGGCAACAAGAAGCUUUGGGCAAUAGGGCCGUUAAAUCAUGUUGAGAAAAGAUUUUCAACUGUUUCAAAAGACCUUCACAAAUGCAUGCAAUGGCUGGACAUGCAGCCUCCUACCUCCGUCGUUUAUGUGUCUUUUGGGACAACAACAACCUUCACCGACGAACAAAUUACAGAGCUUGCCAUUGGGUUAGAGAGAAGCCAGCAGAGGUUUAUCUGGGUGGUUCGAGCGGCGGACAAAGGGGAUGUGUUUGGAGAUGAAGCUAAAAUGGCCGACUUGCCGGAAGGGUUUGAAGAGCAGGUGGAAGGGCGGGGACUGGUGGUGCGUGGGUGGGCACCGCAGACGGAGAUUCUGGGACAUGUUGCAACCGGUGGAUUCAUGACUCAUUGUGGAUGGAACUCAUGUACAGAGAGUAUAUUAAGGGGAGUGCCAAUGGUUACUUGGCCGAUGCAUUCUGAUCAGCCACGAAAUGCAUUUUUGAUAACUGAUGUUCUUAGAAUUGGGUUGGUGGUGAACGAUUGGGAACAUAGAGAUGAGUUGGUGAAGUCGGUGGUGGUGGAGGAUGUUGUUAGGAGAUUAAUGGAUUCCAAGGAAGGGGAGGAGGUGAGGAAGAUGGCGGUGGAAUUGGCGGACAAAGUGCAGAGAUCGGUGGCGGUGGGUGGUGAAUGUGGUGAGGAGAUUGAUUCGUUCAUUUCUCACAUCAACAGACAUGGAUAG